CGUAACUCGCAGCAGUUCAACACUUACACAGCCAUACACAUCAUCGGCAGAUCGACCGGUCUACGUAAGGCGCGACAAUGGAGUACCAGGGACAGACCGGCCGCGCCACCGACAAGGUGGAGGAGUACGGCCAGCCCGUGGCCGGCCACGGCGGCGCCACCGGCGGACCCACGGGGACUCACGGCGCCGCCGCCGCCGCGGGCACGGGGCAGCUCCAGCCGACCAGGGACGACCACAAGACCGACGGUGUCCUGCGCCGCUCCGGCAGCUCCAGCUCCAGCUCGUCUGAGGACGACGGCGUUGGCGGGAGGAGGAAGAAAGGGAUGAAGGAGAAGAUCAAGGAGAAGCUCCCCGGUGGUGCCCACAAGGACGCCGCCGGGCAGCAGCACACGCCGGCGGCCGGCGAGUACGCCGGCACCGGCACGCACGGCGCGGAGGCCACCGGCGAGAAGAAGGGUGUCAUGGACAAGAUCAAGGAGAAGCUUCCCGGCGGACAGCACUGAGUUAAGCUAGGCAGCUAGCGAUCGACCUGUGUGUGUGUGUUCGGUCAAAGCUCGGUAGCAUGCGUACUUAUGCAUGCGUUCCUACGGAUAAAUAAUGGGCGCCGAUCGAGGUGCCGGAGUAUAUAUGUUGUGUGUGUGACGUAUUUGUGGACCCCGUGUACAUGUAUUUGUAACUCCAUCGUAAUCGUAAUAAAGCGUUCGUCUAUAUUUAGGAAAA